AUGAGCACGCUGUCGGAGCACGUGGGGCGGCUCUAUUUGGACGGGAAAAACACCUUCUCCAGUCCGUGGAGACUUCCGGAACGGCCGCCAGACUCGCUCUUCCCGCUCAUUUUCCUCCCUGAAUACGAAAGCUUCCGCGAUGAAGUCAACAAGCAACUGGCAUACCACGCGUUCUGGAAUUGGAUUCUCCUCGUUCUGGUCUGCCUCGUGUUCCCUCCCAUCGCUUUCUAUGUGCAUUAUCGGCUUCGCCGCAGCCGCGCGUUGGCCUUCGAGAACUACAUCGCCUGCGGCAAUCACUCCUUCCUGCGCGGUCCUCGCGCGCAGGCGCUUCUGGAAUCGGUGAAAUGCGGGUACGACGAUAAAUACUCGGUCGCGUACAUCGAUCUGCUCUAUCUGGAAACGACGUCGCCUCCUGAAGGACUGACUGUGGGAUCACCGCAUUUACCGCUGAUGCUGCUGCUGAGCGGGGACGGAACGGUGCUGAAUCCGUACACGAUCGAUCUGAGCGAUGUGCUGGUGAUCUCGAUUCCGAACUGCAAAGAUCUCCAGAAGUUUAUCGAUCGCGAGUUUAAGCUGUUCUUGCUCGACCUGAAUCGACUGCUGCGCGCUGUGGAUCCGAUCCAAGCGUCGCAGCGAGAAGACGUGAUCGCUGUGCGAGAGCAGAACAAAGAGAUCAUGAAUCUCUUCCACGCCAACAAUCAUCGCUAUCAGUCCCUUCUCUCCGCUGGCGUCAAACUCGACCUCGCCAUCGCCUGGCCCAACCAGCCUUCCUUCGCGUCCAGCCAGUCGGCAGUGCCCGGAAGGUUCGCUCUGAUGGUCUCCGCCAACUCGACUUCGCCCGUCGUCGUUUCGAGACGUCGCAAUCUCUCUCUGAAGAAGCAGCCAGCGCAGGGCAUUCGCGAGCGCGCGCUCUACGCGUCGUACCGAAAAGAAUCGAUGAACAAGGAGGUUUACAGCUCGUCGGACAGCACGUUCUCGCUACCCAUAUCCGAGAAAAGCUCCAUUCGCGAAGAAGCGCUCUCCAAAUUCGAUUCGGACAAGGCUCUCGAGUCGUCCUUCUCGGCUACGUCCUCCAAGCGAGCGUCCAGCCAACUCUACGACACCACCAAUCCGUGCCGAGCGAUUUACAUCACCCAGCCGUUCGCGGAAAACCAAUACCAAAUCGCCAAGUCUUUCACCAACAUCGCGUAUCGAUUCUUCAUGCGACGGCCUAUCGCUCCUCGCCGAAUGACCACUCGUCUUUACAUCAAAUUCAUCCUCAUCCUCGUCUCCAUCAUCGAUCUUCUCUGCGUUCUCACGCUCGAUAUCAACAUGUACUGCACCGAUUUCCAAAGAACAUCCACGUGUUCCCCCAUCGCAGUCGUCGUCUCGAUGCUCCUGUUCCCCUUUUCGAUUAUUUUAGCUCCGCUCAUCACUUUUGUCACUUCGAUCACGAACUUUUACAAAGCAGCGUGUUUGUCGCUGUUCUUGCAGUGGAUGUCGGUUCCCGCGGUUUUGUCCAUGCUUUUCUUCGUGGCGUGGACGCCUUUUGUUGGGAGAACCGUGGUUUUGAUUUUGUUUUUGCUGGGUUUGAAGUUUGUGGAGUAUAGAUUAUUGCAAUGUUUAAUUGCGAUUUUGGAAACGAGAGAGAAGAUCCGAAUGGAGAAGAAGGAAGAUCAUGAAUUGCGAAGAGCAUUCUCUAUGUCGGACGGUGGAACGGGGCGAGUCCCGUCCUCAGGUUCCCUUGGAAUGGUAAUUCGUCCCAAGUACUUAGACCCCACCGUUAACUCCUUUGAUUAAUCGCUUUCCCUUUGUGUUGAGAUAGCAUCUCUGUUGGUGUAGUAAUUUGCUUAUUCUGUCAAAA